CUUAUCUUAAGUUCGUGUCUAGUAUCUACCAUACUCGUCCCAGCUCUACCAUGACAUUGCCUGAGCAGAUCGUUACUGUCGAUGCUAUCCUUUUCGAUCUGGAUGGGACCCUCAUAGAUUCCACUCCUGGCGUCAUUUCAGCCUGGAAGACAUUCGCAGAGGAAUACAAACUUGGAUCGCAUCUUCCUAUCGUACAGAAAACUCAUGGACGGAGACUUGCUGAUACCCUGAGAGACGAGACUAUAUGCAAUAUCCAGGACACAAAACUUUUGGAUAGCGAAAUUUUGCGCUUCGAGGACUUGGUGAUUCAGGGUAGCCCAGUGGCUCUUGAAGGAGCUAUCGAGUUCUUGGCUCAGCUGAACUCACACCAUGACAUGCGCACUAGGUGGACAAUUGUCACAUCAGCUUCGAGGUACUAUGCAACUCAGUGCAUACCAAAGUGCGAAAUUCCGGUGCCUGCGUCAGGGUUUGUGACGGCAGAUGAUGUUAGCGAAGGAAAGCCAAAGCCCGCACCGUAUCUUGAAGGAGCAAAGAAGCUUGGGAUUGAUGUGACUAAGUGUCUUGUUAUUGAGGAUGCACCGUCCGGGGUGCAAGCAGGAAAUAGUGCCGGUGCAAAGACGCUCGCAGUUUGUACCUCCCACAAACGUGAGGACUUUGAGAACUGUUCGGAGGAAAUCAAGCGCCCCACGUAUAUCAUUGAUGAUCUGACUAGAGUGCGCGUGAAUUGGGAGAACAGCAAGAUUCGGCUUACGAUCGAUACCCGUAGAGGACCUGAUUCAGAUUAACAAUGUUAUAGUCAGAAAUCCACAACUCCCACGCAGUGGUAGUUUCAGGAUUCCUUAGGCUCUAAGGCAUGAUAAAAUUCAAAACAGGAGGGUACUCACCAAUGUCAGAAGCUGCCUCAUCGUAACGAACAAGCGGUUGGCUUUCACAGAGUCGACUAGCUUACAGGCUCUUCUUCUGCUGAUACUUCAUAACUAAUCCAGGUACUCACUAGCCUCGGGUGCACAACCUCACAGGGAACCGGUAAUUGACAGAUAUCGAAUUAGCUUGAGUAUGGCUGC